CAAAUCAUUUAAAGCUGAAUCAAUUAACAACUAUUAUGUUGCAUUAGCACACUACUUACGUGAAAAUUCUUCUAUUCCGGGUAAUAUCGAUGGUUUAAAUCCUAAAGUCCUCAAGCCAUUUAAGAUUCCUACGAAUGAUUCUGAAAAAAUCAAAUUAUAUAAGUAUCGCCCAAGAAUGCCGUUGAAGAAAGCUACAAAUAACAUUAUACUUCAACUUCCCGAAAUUGGCAAACCGCUUAACAUUGAAUAUUUCACUUAA